AUGGCCGAAGAAUGCAGAGAAAGUACUUCUUGUGUUGCAAUCUCUUCUUCCUCUCCACAGCUAGCACAACCAAACUGGUGGGAUCUCCAUGCAGCUGCAGGUGCAGGGGCAGCAGGUUCUCAGCUCUCUUCAUGGAGCAACUUGGGUAUCAACCCAUGGCAGCCGCAGCAGCCAAACCAGAAGUACUCCAACUCUUCUAAUAAUUGUGAUGAUGUUGACCAGGAUGUUUCAAUCUCCAGCACUUCCUUUACCAAUGCCUCCAACCACUCAAGCCUCAGCGUUGACUCCUCUCGCAGACUGCAGGUUGCUGAUCAGCGUUCUGCGUCUCCCAACAACGAUAUGAUCAACGGAGAGCAGGUUUCUGACAAUCAUAUUUGGAACCAUGUUCUCUUAAGCGUUAAUGGAAACAAUGAUUUACACCACAAUGAUCAUGAUGUUGGAGAGAAUUUUCUCGAUGCGCUGUCGUCCAAGAGCUUGUCAACUGAUCAUGUCAUGUAUGAACCUGCUUGUGACUACUUGAAGAAACUGGACAACAGUACUUGGGAGUUCACAAAGUACGUCUCAGCUGCAUCGAAUAAUUUCAACAGUUUCGAAAAGCAAUUAAAUGGAGGGUUUAUGGAGAGUAACAACAUGAAUAAUAAUGUUAAUAUUGAGAACGAAAGGUUAACCAAGCUGUCAAAUCUGGUGAGCACCUGGUCCAUUGCGCCCCCCGAACCACAGCUAGUUAUGGAUCAUGAUCACCAUCACUACUUGAAGCCGCAAGCGUUCAUCAGUAACGAUUCGACUUCAUGUGAUGCUCAGAUGGGAAAUAACAAUAUUACAAAUAGAAACUCGGGAUCCAGUUUAUUUUCAUGUUAUGGUAGCAAGGUUGAGGCUGCAUGUGUAGGAGGAGGAGGAGGAGGAGGAGCUUUACAUGGAAUAACGCCGUCGUUUGGUAAUAAUAAUAAUGGCAUUGAAUAUCAGAUUGGCCUCAACAACGUUAACGCAAUGGUUGCAGAUCACCAUAACGGCAAGUACUUGUAUGGAAAUGGAUCAUUUUUGGCCAAUUCUUAUUCUUCAUGCGGUGCUACGAGUGCCAGUGCCAGAAAUUUUGCAGAUGUUAUAUCUUUUAGUAGCCGAUUAGGCAACAAGUCGGCCUUGGUUGAUAGUCAUGCACCCAAGCCCUGUUUCAAAUCUUCCAACUUAUCCGAUCAAUAUUCUAAGAAGCAAGCUUCCUCGACAAGAGUGAGUAGCGGAAGAGGACAAGGGAUUGCAAACGAAGGAAAGAAGAAAAGAACGGACGACACAUCAUCAGAAACAGUCUUGAAAAAGCCUAAGCAAGAAACUUCUACAGUUUCAUCGUCUGUAAAGAUGCAGGCACCAAAAGUCAAGCUCGGGGACAGGAUCACUGCCCUUCAACAAAUCGUGUCUCCAUUUGGAAAGACUGAUACUGCAUCUGUACUAUAUGAAGCGAUUCAGUACAUCAAGUUCCUGCAAGACCAAGUGCAUGUGCUAUUGAGUAGCCCUUAUUUGAAGACAAAUUCACACAAGGAUCCAUGGGCGACCGAUAGAAAAGAUCACAAGGGAGAUGUAAAGGUUGACCUCAAGAACAAAGGCCUUUGCUUGGUGCCUAUUUCAUGCACACCUCAGGUUUAUCGUGAGAAUACAGGAUCAGACUAUUGGACACCAACCUAUAGAGGAUGUUUGUAUAGAUAA